AUGGGUACUGUCUGGGGCCAGUUUGAGAUACUGGCUCACCGAGUUCUCAAGCCGUACCGCAAGCUGAACAAGAAGAGCAAGGCAACAUUAUGGACGGUGCUAUUGAUCAACGGCCUGAUUAUCGCGGCCAUCAUCAUUAUUACGCCUAAGCGCAUCGGGCACUGGUUCAACAACCUGGCGGCCCAGUUGAAGGAUAUGGGAUUUCUGGGCAUGGUCUUAAUCACCCUCGGUGUCGUCGCGUCGUCCCACCCGCCAAUGUUCGGCUUCUCCGCGUGCAUGACCAUGAUAGGGUUCGCAUAUGGCCUGUGGUUCGGCAUCUUCCUCGGGAGCAUUGCGUCGCUACUCGGCGCGGCGGUUGCCUGGUUCUCAAUUCGCCACUUCUUCCUGGACUGGAUGCGCAAGUUCGGUGCAAGUAAGAGUAAGCAAUGGGAAGCAUUCGGCUGCGUCAUGAGGGACAAGGGCCUGCCACUCGUCAUCAUGAUCAGAUGGUGCCCGCUCCCUUGGGCGAUUGGUAAUGGCCUCUUCGCUUCCAUUGAUAGCGUCGAGCUCAGCCACUUCAUGAUCGCCAACCUCGCGUUCAUCCCCCGUCUCGCCAUUCCUGUGUUCAUUGGAUCUAGGCUCAACUCGCUCAGCGACGACAAGGACGACAAGCCAGACCCGCUGCGUCUCUGGCUCAACCUUGGAUCAAUUGCACUUUCCAUCGUAAUCUCCAUCGGGACAGGUACUCUCAUCUACCGCCUUACCCUAAGCGAGAUGCGCCGCAUUGAACACGUUGGCCACCCAGACGAGGGCGAGCUUGCAGCGGAAGCGUUCGAAAGUACGGCCCUUUUGGGGGACUUCAGCGAUGAUGAGGUAGCCGAGGAGCUCGUCCCAAGUCCGCAGCAGGUAUAG